GCGGGGUUCGAACGAGGUGGACGGCGGACGGCGGCGCGAUCUCUUACGCGCCUAGUCGUCCUCCUCGGAGUACUGGACGCCCUCGCUGUACUGCGCGUCGUCGGACGUGAGCUGCAGCGCCUUGAGCCCGCCGAGCGAGAUCGAGCACGCGAAGCCCGCGACCAGCGUGGGCGUGAACUUGGGCUCGAGCACGUCCACGAUGAACGCCUUCAUGCCCGGCUCGAGCGGGCUGCCCGACGCGACGCUGAACGCGUCGACCGUGAUCGCGCCGCCGAUGAAGACGAAGACCGCCAGGCACAGGAGCCCGCCGCCCAGCAGGAUCUUCUCGGCCGCGACCUGGACGUCGUCCGGCACGUCCUUGAGCGGCGUGAACGGCGGCUCGGGCUCGGGCACCGCCGCCGUCGUCGGCGCGCGGCCCGACGAGUCGAUGCCGUACUUCGCGAAGAUCUCGCCCUCGGACGCCGGCGCGGGGGCGUCGUCGUCGUCCACGAUUUCGUCCACGGUGAUCGUCGGCGCGGCCGACCGCGAUUUUUUCUUCGGCUUCUCGGCGUCGGCGCCGAAGCCCUUGCCGCGCCGGGGCGCGAGGACUGGCCGUCGUCGGGGCGCCGUGAAGGCGGCGGCUGCCGCCGCGAGGAGGCCAAGGAGGGCGCGCCGCGCCAUCGCUGCGCUGGCCGUGUUGCUGCAAAUGAGGGGCUCGAGUCUGCCCUGCCGCUGCGCAGUGUUAAGCUGUGCGACUCGAGAUGGUCCGCUAUGAAUCAAGCCUUUGGCGUCCUCGAUCUGCGCUCUGCGAGCUGUCAGAGGCUUGAUGAUCUGAGCCAGGCUCCAGGCUUGGCAUCCCUAGUGUCUUACAGCCGCUAG